GGAGUAAACUUCCCUCCUUUUAAUCAAGUAGUCAGCUAACUAAUUGAGGAAACCUUUUACGAAGAAGAUGGCUAAAAGAAAAAAAGAUGAGGAGUAUCGUACUUUUCAGCAGGAAUGGACAGAUGAAUUCGCCUUUGUGGAGAGAGCAGGUUCUGCAGUGUGUCUAAUAUGCAGUGAUAAAAUUGCAUCGAUGAAACGGUCAAAUAUAAAGCGGCACUUCGACACACGCCAUACUACAUUUGCAUCGAAAUACCCAGCGGGGGACAGCAGGAAGAAAGCAUGUCAAGAGCUACUGUGCAAAGUGCAAGCUAGUCAGCAGCAACUUCGUGUUUGGACCCAACAAGGUGACUGGAAUUCGGCUAGCUUUGCUGGUGCUUUAGCAAUUGUGAGAAACGGAAAGCCAUUCACAGAUGGUGAGUAUGCCAAAACAUUCAUGCUUGAUGUCGCCAGUGAACUUUUUGACGACUUUUCGGAUAAAGACAAGAUAAUGAAACGAAUAAAAGACAUGCCUCUGUCGGCGAGAUUUUGAGCUACAAGUUGCUGACCUGAAGGCCUCAGACAUGUGGGUGAAUAAAUUCAAGUCACUAAAUGAAGAUUUGGAAAGACUUGCACGACAGCAAGCAGAGUUGGCGAGCAAACACAAGUGGGGAGAAAUGAAAAAACUUCAACCCGCAGACCAGCUGAUUGUCAAAACUUGGAAAGCACUUCCCGUCACAUACCACACACUGCAGCGUGUGAGUAUUGCUGUACUAACAAUGUUUGGCUCUACGUAUGCAUGUGAGCAGUCUUUCUCACAUCUAAAGAACAUUAAGACCAACCUACGAUCACGUUUAACGGAUGGAAGUCUCAACUCCUGCAUGAAGCUUAACCUCACCACGUAUCAACCAGACUACAAAGCCAUCAGCAAAACCAUGCAGCACCAGAAGUCGCAUUAAUGGUAUGGAUCCAAACUUGCAGGGUAAGAAGAUUCUACUGCUUGAAGCCGGCAACAAGAAAGUAAUAGACAAAGUCCCGGACACCUACAGCACCAGAGUUAGCUCCAUCAGUCCAGGCUCUGCCACCCUUCUCAGUGGUAUUGGAGCAUGGGAGCAUAUCACAAAUAUGAGGUUCAAGCCGUAUAAAAAGAUGCAGGUUUGGGAUGCCUGCUCAGAUGCCCUGAUCACAUUCGAUAAGGAGAACGUGGAGGACGAGAUGGCGUACAUCGUGGAGAACGACAUCAUUGUGGCUGCGCUCACUAAACAGCUGGACACUCUGUCUGAAAAUGUCCAAGUUAAGUACAGGUCAAAGGUGGUGAAAUACACGUGGCCCAUGCCCUACCAGGCAGCAGACUACAUCCCUUGGGUGCACAUCACGUUGGCCAAUGGGGAGACUCUUCAGACUAAGCUGUUGAUUGGCGCAGAUGGACCGAACUCGAUGGUGAGGCAGGAAUUAGAAAUACCCACAGUCAAGUGGAAUUAUGACCAGUCUGCUGUGGUUGCUGUGCUGCACCUAUCAGAGCCCACUGAGAACAAUGUUGCAUGGCAGAGGUUCCUCCCAACAGGACCCAUUGCAAUGUUACCGCUGUCCGACACGCAGAGCUCUCUGGUGUGGUCAACCAGCCAUUCGCUAGCAGAGGAGCUGCUCGAGCUGGAUGAAGAGAGAUUUGUUGACGCCAUCAACUCUGCCUUUUGGAGUAAUGAGAACCAGUCAGACCUAAUUGAGACGGCUGGCUCGCUGUUUCGAGGCGCUCUGUCGGCCAUCAUGCCAUCUGCAGGUUCACCUCGACAGCUUCCUCCGAGCGUGGCGGGGAUCGGCCCAAAGUCACGGGUCAUGUUCCCACUGGGUAUGGGUCACGCAUCCGAGUACAUCAGGCACAGAGUUGCGCUCAUUGGGGAUGCGGCCCAUCGUGUCCAUCCUCUGGCUGGUCAGGGAGUUAACCUGGGAUUCGGUGACGUGGCCUGCCUCAUGCAGAUCCUAAGUCAGGCGGCCUUUAACGGGAAAGACCUGGGAGCAAUUCAGCACUUAUUAGAAUAUGAAACAGAACGUCAGCGGCACAAUCUGCCCAUGAUGGCUGCCGUCGACCUCAUGAAACGGCUGUAUUCCACCAACGCCGCGCCUGUGGUUCUCCUACGCACCUUCGGUCUGCAAGCCACCAACAUGCUCCCAGCACUAAAAGAGCAAAUCAUGGCAUUUGCAAGCAAAUGAUGCAUCUGUCACACAGCCCUGUGUGGAUCUCCAGUGAUUGUGGGCUCUAAAGAGUGUAAAUGUUGUGAAUGUUAAAAAAAUAAUAAUAAAAGUAAUAAAAAAUGUAUUUUUC